AUGAAAGAUCUGGUUGAUAAGUUCACUGACUCAACACGUUCUGAAUUUCAACGUACUUUGUCAAUCACUCGAACUCUGAUAACUGCGAAUGCAUUUAUUAGCACAAUAAGAAUAAGCAAACAAGUAAAGUCAACAGACGGUAGUCGAAUAGAUAUAAUGGUACCAAUACUACAACGUGGUGAUUUGUGUGUUGGUUAUUUUUGCUCUUGUUUAUUACAAAGUGUUGAUUGCUAUGAAUAUGCAAAUAUCAAUUAUCCUGCUGAUACAUUCGAAUCUACGGCAUUCACAGCUAUAGAAAAUAAAUGUUUUAUGACUGAAACAGUACUCAAAGCAUCAUUGGAGUGUUGGUUCGAUGAUUCUUGUUUUGAUGUCGUGUACAAUUACUAUGUUACCAGGGCUGUUGACAAUCUUAUCAGUAUUAAUCCCCUUGAUAUACAUAUUUCAAGUAAAUUCAUGAUCACUGAUACAAUGGAAAUAUUGAUGAAUGCUCUUCUACUUGAAAAUCAAACAGUUAAUGUUUCUUACAAUCAAUAUUACAAUAAAUGCUCUCCUUUGUUUUGUACUUAUGAUAUUCAACAACGAUUCGACUUGAUAUUUUUGAUAACCAGUAUUGCAGCUAUGUAUGCAGUUUUAAGUAAAUUUCUUCGAUUGAUUUUGCCAAUGCUGGUCCACUUAAUAUUUAUUGCUUGGAAACGAUUUCGAUCACAAGAUCUUUCUACUCAUCAAUCAACAUCCAUAAUUCAAAACACUCACUGUAAUAGUACGUAA